UAAUAAACGACAAAAGUAAUAAUAACGACAUACCAGAAAAAGAGAACAUUCAACCCUCAACAAAUUCAAUUGAAGACAUCCAAACCUCAGCAAACUCGACCAGGAUGGAUCUAACGAUGUACGCCGACCUAAUAAGACACCUUAAAAACAAAAGUUACCCCGAAGG